UUGAUUCGUCGCGUUGGUCAUCAGAUCGAACGUAUUUGCAUUGUGAACUCGCCAGUGGAUGGACCGUUUCUGACCAAUGGCUUCUACGAGUUUCUGUUUAACAAACUGACCAACGUAAGCCUGAUAUACAUGCGGCAGCUGAAUCUACGUAACUUGAACGCAGCCACCGUCCGUACUCUAGCGCACUUGGUCUGUCUGAAGAAGGUCAUCGUACAUGACUGUCAGUCUUUUGAAACCCUGACGCAAGAAGGAUCACUGAAACCCGCGCUGAUGUGCUUGAACGGCCAGAUUAAAGGACUACAGUUUCUCUUAGAAGGACUUGGUGCUCUGCCUGAAGGAAUCGAUUGACA